UGAUCCUGGCAGCAGCGAAUUGCUUUAAAAUGGCGAGGAAAAUGCUGGUUGCCUUUAUUUUCUGGUGCGUAACAGGGUCGUGGAGUUCCUACGCCCAGCAAUGUGGCCGACCACCGCUGAGGGAGGACAGGAUUGUAGGAGGGGUGGACGCCUCGAGUGGAUCUUGGCCAUGGCAGGUGGAAAUUCAGGAAUCUAACCGACAUAUCUGUGGAGGCUCCAUAAUCACAAAGGACUGGGUCCUAUCAGCUGCACAUUGCUUCCCCAAUCCAUCCGAGGUCUCCUCCUACACUCUAUACGUUGGACGGCACCAGCUGAAUGGGGUGAACAAGCACGAGUCUUUCCAUCGUGUGAGCCGCAUAGUAAUUCAAUCUGGUUAUCAAGACCCCAAUAACGGUAAAGAUAUAGCCCUGCUGCAGCUGUCCAGCCCAGUGGUCUGGUCCGACUACGUCCAACCUGUGUGUUUGCCUUCGUCCGGCUCAUUGUUUCCAUCUGGCAUGAGUUGCUACGUCACUGGCUGGGGAAAUAUCCGGGAAGAUGUCCCUCUGCCAGGAGUUGGGACUCUUCAGGAAGUACAGGUACUGAUCAUCUCCCAAAGCUCCUGUCAGGCGAUGUAUGAUACAGACCCGAUGGAGAAUGUGGACAUUCUCAGUGACAUGAUCUGUGCAGGAUACCCAGAGGGUGGCAAAGACUCCUGCCAGGGUGACUCAGGAGGGCCCCUGGUCUGCCAGAUGGUAAAUGGGACCUGGGUGCAAGCUGGGGUGGUGAGUUUUGGACUCGGCUGUGCUAAACGGAACAGGCCAGGCGUGUAUACCAGGCUGACCAGCUACACGAACUUCAUCCGCUCCACAGUACCAGAGGUCUCACUGUACGGAGGAGCUCACCGCAGUUUGUCUGGGUGGCUAGUUGUGUUCACUAGCAGCCUGUCCAUUCUCAUGAUGCUUAUGCUAACUUGGAUAUAAACACUUAUUUUGCAAGAGGUGGAAUAAAGCAGUUAAAUUGAUAAAUAGCCUUAAUCAAAAUUGAAAUUUGUAUCCUGAAUGCAUAUAAAGCCAUAUGAAACUUUUUAACCUGAAUUGUUUUUUCUUAAUAGCCUCAAAUACAUGUUUAGGGUUUAAAAGUAGAUUUCAGGAUGAAUCAAAUCAGGAUUAUUAGAAAUGUCAGUUUUUUACUAUUUAACGUUGACACAUCUAUUCAUUUCAAUUUUUUUAAUGCAACAUCAGAAUCAGCAGUAAUUGUAUCUUGCAAGGUGA